AUGGCGCAAAAAGCCGCCAAAACGCAGGCCGCUCGCAACACUCAGACCCUCAAUCGCACCCACUCUAUCGCAUUGGGAGUCAACGUCCUCUUCCUACUGUUGAAGUACAUCCUCCGCCGGCAACGAUCGCUCACCCUGUAUCUCAUUCUCAAUGCUCCCGCGCUCCUGAUUGAGUUCUGGUUUGAACGCAUCGGCCGACCCACCUUCGUCGAUGGCGAGCUCAAGCGCGCUGGAGAGGAUCUGGAGUCCAAGGGUCUCACAGAGUGGAUGUGGGAUGUCACAUACUGGACCUGGAUCUGCGUCGGCGCAGUGAGUCUCUUUGGCGAUUGGGCUUGGUGGCUGUGGGCCAUCGUGCCGCUGUACUCCGUCUACCUUGCCUGGACCACCUACACAGGCGUCAGAGGAGGCAUGGGCGGACUUAUGGGAGCCGACAACCAGCAAGCUGCAGGUGGUGCGGCUGGCCAGAGUAAGAGACAGGCGAAGUUGGAAAAGAGAGGUGGGCAGAAGGUGCAGUACCGAUGA